UAUAUUAGCUAUUACAAAAAAUAUAGAAGAUAAUGAAAAAGAAAUUAUCUUUAGUAUACCUUCUAAAUAUAUAAUUAUAGAAAUUCUUAGUUGCAAAUUAGGUUUAUAUAAUAACUUUUUUUAA